AUGUCUCGUAUCAAGGCCAAAAAGACAAGGAAGUUGCGUGGCCACGUAAGUCAUGGCCAUGGACGAGUAGGUAAACAUCGCAAGCAUCCGGGAGGACGGGGAAAUGCAGGUCUUGAACAUCACCAUCGUAUUAACAUGGACAAGUACCAUCCAGGCUAUAUUGGUAAAGUUGGUAUGCGCCAUUAUCAUCUUAAAAGAAACCCCUACUACUGUCCAACAAUUAACCUGGAUAAAAUAUGGUCUUUAGUUUCGCAAGCGACUUACGAAAAGUAUAGAGACUCCACUGAUGGUAAAGCUCCUGUAAUAGAUUGUUUGCGCAAGGGUUAUUUCAAAGUCCUAGGCAAGGGAUAUCUUCCGAAGGUCCCAGUUAUUGUCAAAGCCCGGUUCUUCUCUCGGAAAGCAGAAGAAAAAAUCAAAGCAGUUGGGGGAGCUUGUAUAUUAACUGCAUAA